AUGGGGUCAUCAAAGAAGCACAAGGAAAAGAGCAGAGACAAGGACGCGGAGGAUCGCCGUAAAGAACAUAAAAAACACCGUCACAAAGAUCGGGAUGAGCGUGAAGCUGGUCGGGAGAAGGACAAACGCAGGCGCUCCAAGUCCCGGGAGAGAAGUGGUCGCGAAAGCCGCAAAGGUGAGCGUAGCGGGGAGCCUCGGGUCAAAAAGGAGAAGCUGGAUGUUGCUUACGGAGACAGUCAUGUUGAACACGAACCCAAGUCUGCGGGUGGAGAUGCGUCACUUAGCAUCGAUGAGACCAACAAGCUCCGUGCGAAACUUGGGCUCAAGCCCCUGGACAUGGGCGAAAGUAAAAAAGAAGCCGGGACCAAAGAGGAUCCGAUGGUGGCAGAAACUAUUAACCCUAUUGUCAUCGCGCAGCAGAAAGACAUCAGAGAGAAGCUGGCAGCCCUUAAAGAAAAACGUCUACAAAAUCAAAAACUGGGGAAAGUCAAAUCCUUAGCAGAGACGGACUGGCUUGAUGACACUGCAGCCUGGGUUGCACAAACACGUAAAAUGGAAAAAGAAAAGGAAUUGGCUGAAAAACGGGCCAAACUUCUGGAAGAGAUGGAUCAAGAGUUUGGUGUCAGCGAUCUUGUCGAGGAAGAAUUCGGACACGGCAGGAAAACAGCAUACUCAUCUCGAGACUUAAGAGGUCUUAAAGUACAACACAAAACUGAAUCCUUUUCCGAGGGUCAGACUGUCAUCCUGACCCUGGAAGACAAAGGGGUCCUUGAUGAAGAAGAAGACACUCUUGUAAAUGUGGGACUGAUUGAUAAAGAAAAAGCUGAUAAAAAUGUGGAGCUUAAAAAGAAAAAGCCAGAUUAUAAACCUUACGAGGAAGAAGAGAAUGUGGAUGACAUGAUCACAUUUAAAAACCGCUCUGUGCUUUCAAAGUACGAUGAGGAGAUAGAUGGAGAAAAAAAAAAGAGUUUCCGGCUCGGUGCAGGGGGAUUUGCAGAUGGUGAACGAGAAAGAGAGCUUCAGGCAAUGAGGGAAACCCUCCGAAGUCAGGCCCAGACUUUGGAAAUGCCAGCUCUCUCCAUUGCCUCUGAAUACUACACUGAGCAGGAGAUGGUGGGCUUCAAAAAGACCAAACGCCGCGUGAGGAAGAUCAGAAAGAAGGAAAGGGCUUUAACUGAUUUACUCCCAGAUGACACGCGCAACACUGACUUUGGCUCCAGGGCACGUGGCAAAGGACGUAAAGAGAAAGGUGAUGAGGGUAGUGAGGAAGUCAAAGUUGAAGAUGAUACCAGUGUGAUAGUCAGUCUUCCUCAAAUGUCUGAUGACGUGAGAAUGGCUGAGAUGGAAAUAAGCGACGAAGAGGACUAUACUCUUCCAGAACCAGCUGUGAUUGAGGAGGAUGAGGCUGAGCAAGAGUUGCAUAAACAACUGGAGAAGCAGAGAAAACUCAGGCAAAAACAGCUCCUCAAAGAUUCCGGGGAGACGGUGGUACUGCAGCUCAAAAAGAUGGAGAAAGCUGACGAAGAUAAUGAUCCAGACAAGAAGAACAACAUUGUAUUCAAUGCCACGUCCGAGUUUUGCAGAACUCUUGGUGAUAUUCCCACCUACGGGCUGUCUGGUAACAGAGAGGAUCAGGAAGAUAUCAUGGACUUUGAGCAGGAGGAGGAAAAAGAGGAUGGUGGAGACUCUGAUGCGGAGAUGGAUGAAAAUGUGGGAUGGAGCACAGUGAACUUGGAUGAAGAGAAAAAAACACCAGAUUUCGCAACUGCCUCCACCACAAUUCUGGAUGAGGAGCCCAUAGUGAACUCUGGGCUUGCAGCUGCUUUACUUCUGUGUAAAAAUAAAGGUUUGCUGGACACUCAAAUGCAGAAAGUGGCUCGUGUAAAAGCACCAAAGCCCACCUUGCCCAAUGAAAACUACUGCAUUGAAGACAAAAUAGGCUUUGAUGACAAUUCUACACACAAACGGUUUACUGCUUUAACUGACAACCAGAAGAUGUCAGAAUCUAAGCCCCCUACUCCAACUCCAGGGGACAUGUACAAAGGUUGGCUCUUCAAAUGGACAAAUUAUAUAAAAGGUUAUCAGCGGAGGUGGUUUGUCCUGAGCAAUGGCCUUCUGUCUUAUUAUCGGACACAAGCGGAGAUGGGCCACACAUGCCGGGGCACCAUCAAUUUGGCUACUGCUAAUAUAGCAGUGGAAGACUCCUGUAAUUUUGUCAUUUCUAAUGGUGGCGCACAGACAUAUCACUUGAAGGCCAGCUCUGAGAUUGAGCGGCAACGAUGGAUCACUGCUCUUGAGCUCGCCAAAGCAAAAGCUGUCGGCAUGCAAGCAGAUUCAGAUGACUCUGGCGAUGAAUUUUCAAUAGUGGCGCCCUCCCCUGAACAGACCGGGUUUGGUCGUAAUACAGAAAUUCAAACCACGCUUCGUACUCUCAACAGCAAAGUAGAGGACCUGGCUACUUGCAAUGACCUUAUUGUCAAGCACGGCACUGCACUUCAACGGUCUUUGUCUGAACUUGAGGCCAUUCGAGUUGGAGGAGAAUCGACCGAAAAAUUCAAACAAGUUACAGAGCGGGCUACGUUGUUCAGAAUCACCUCAAAUGCUAUGAUCAAUGCUUGCCGGGACUUCCUCUCACUGGCCCAGACUCACAGCCGUCGCUGGCAGAAGGCGAUACAAACCGAGAGGGAUCAGAAGAUCCGGUUAGAGGAGACAUUGGAGCAGCUCGCCAAACAGCACAACCACCUGGAGAGGGCUUUCAGAGGAGCCACAGUCCUGCCCAACUCGUGCAGCAACCCCUCAUUGACUGCCAAAAACUCUUCAUCUGGUAAAGCAGAUGUCAGCGAUGAAGAAGAUGACAACAAUGAAUUUUUUGAUGCAAUGGAGGAGUUUAUUACUGUUCCAGCUGAUCCAAAAUAUCACAAGAGAUCGAGCAGCAAUGUCAGUGGAAUCAGCUGUGAAACUGGAAUGGAUGACCAAUCAGUAAAUUUUGAUGAGCUGUCCCUCGCAUCAAAUCCAGACUCUCCACAAUCACAGGGGAUGGUGCUUCGACAAAGACGCACACGGAUCCCAGACAAGCCCAAUUAUUACCUGAAUUUGUGGAGUAUUAUGAAGAACUGUAUUGGGAAGGAGCUCUCAAAGAUACCAAUGCCUGUAAAUUUUAAUGAACCUUUGUCUAUGCUGCAACGUCUGUCUGAAGAUCUGGAAUAUUAUGAGCUGCUGGACAGAGCAGCAAAGUGUCACAGCUCUUUAGAGCAGAUGUGUUAUGUGGCUGCUUUCACAGUGUCCUCAUAUUCCACCACUGUCCUCCGCACAGGAAAACCUUUUAAUCCUCUGCUGGGAGAGACCUUUGAGCUGGACAGACUCCAAGAGAGUGGCUACCGCUCUCUGUGUGAACAAGUGAGCCACCAUCCACCAGCUGCAGCACACCACGCUUUCUCUGAAAAGGGCUGGACCCUGAGACAAGAAAUUACUUUAGCCAGCAAGUUUAGAGGGAAAUAUCUCUCUAUCAUGCCUUUGGGUGCAAUUGAGUGUAUAUUUGACAAAAGUAAAAAUCAUUACUCCUGGAAAAAGGUGACUACAACAGUACACAACAUAAUUGUUGGGAAGCUUUGGAUUGACCAGUCGGGUGAGAUUGAUGUGGUGAACCACAAGACUGGAGACCGUUGCCAUCUCAAGUUCACACCCUACAGUUACUUUUCCAGAGACUUGCCUAGAAAAGUUACAGGAGUGGUCACGGAUAAAGAGGGUAAAGCCCACUAUGUUCUAUCAGGGACCUGGGAUGAGAAGAUGGAGCUCAGUAAGGUGAUGCAGAGUAGCAUAGGAGAAAAUGGAACAGAAGGCAAACAGAGACCUGUUUACCAAACACUCAAACCCAAAGAGAUCUGGAGAAAAAAUCCAUUACCUGAUGGAGCGGAGAAUAUGUAUUUCUUCUCAUCACUUGCAUUGACUCUGAAUGAGCCGGAGGAGGGCGUAGCACCUACAGACAGCCGGCGACGCCCAGACCAGAGGCUCAUGGAGGACGGCCGAUGGGACGAGGCCAAUGCAGAGAAGCAGAGGCUCGAGGAGAAACAGCGCACAACACGCAAGGAGAGAGAGCGAGAGGCCGUGAAGGCAGCCAACACUCCUGAGGAGGCUGAUGCAGUGGAGCCAGGCACUCAACCAAGUGAGGUUUCUGAUGAAACUGACGCUGAGGACUCUCCCCCUCUCACACCUGUUGCAUCCCCAUACGGACCAACACCUUUGUCUAACCUAAGCAAGUAUCCCAGUCAUUUCAUGACUUACAUUAUAGACACUUUUUAUGCUUAUUUUGUGUUCUUAUUUUCUCCUCACAUCAUUUUAACACAGUGGAAGGCAAGGAAGGCCCGCCUGGAGUACAUGUUAAAAGUUCUCACACAGACAACUACCAAGCACUGUGGUUUGAGAAAACUACUGACCCUGUGUCUGGAGAGACCUUGCACGUCUACAAAGGAGGCUACUGGGAAAGCAAGGAUCAGGGCAGCUGGGACAUGUGCCCAGACAUCUUCUAACAGUCUGUGGAGCAUGGUGAAAAAGCUGAAACAGGCUCAGUGA